AUGUCGGGUUCGAGUCUCGCGCCAGGACAUACAAAAAGAUCCAGAACUAGCGAUGCCCUGCGCACCGAGAAGGAUAGAACCAAGCGUCGUCGAUUUUCCAAGGGCGCACUUGAUGUUACUGAAGACGUACAACUAGCUGCUAAAGGAAUGGCAAUUGAGAAUAACAAUCAGAAUGCCACUUCCACACAAGAUACUUCUGCGCAUGCUCGUGAGCAGCAGACGAAAUUCUCCCACGAAAAUUGGUGUCUCUCAAGUCCAGUCGGUGGGCAGUAUAGCAACCUCGACCCGAUUAUCACUUCGGAUGAAGAGUAUCUUCUUGUCGGGACUGAAACAGCAAUUCAUGUUCAUUCGAUUGGGACCUCUUACCGGUCCCGUACGUUACAGUUAAGCGAUGGUCAAAAAGUCGUUGGUUACAAUAUCUGCUCAGAAAAUCCGCAACAUCUUUAUAUCAUCACUUCAACUGGUUGUGUGAGCAAGUGGGAUUGGCUUUCUGGAGAUCAAAUCGCUUCUUGGGAUUUGGCCCGAGAGACACUCCUUGCUGAAUUAUGCCCCUCUGAGGUCGGGAAAUUAAGGUAUGAGCUUCUCUUUUCUUUGCGAGGGCGCAAGGAUGGAAAGAGACAACUUACAGUCACCUUAUUCAAUGGUGGAACACCACGCGACAUUGUUGUCUUUGAAACGACCCAACGAAUAGACAAUUUCAGGGUUUUCAGACAGGGUCAAGCGAUAGUCGCAUGGGCUGGUCAGCGCCUUCUGCUUGGCACCAGGGAAUUUAACACGCCGGACCCGUCAACUAUGCAGUACGCCUGGAGGGAGGUCGUCCUACCUGUCCGUGUUACUUGCAUUGAUGUUCGAGAGAGCAAAGCACGAAAUCGAACAAUACCACAGGGCUCACAGGACAAUAACCUAGAUACCAUGGACCUUGUUUUGGGAGAAUCUGGGGGCUCAAUCUUAAUCUAUCCUGAUUUUCUUGCUCUUUUCCCUACAGGUGGCAUUGGCUCGGAUGAUAGCAAGGGCCUGGCUCCUCGACGGCUGCAUUGGCAUAGAGGUCCCGUCAAUGCAGUCCGUUGGUCAAAGGAUGCUUACAUCGUGAAGCUUGCUGACAACUGUAUCAUGGUGCUGUCAGCGACAGAGCUGCAACCUUAUGUUACUAUCACUGGCCUGCAACUUUGCCCCAAAGUCAACAAGCCUGUCGAUGCAGCUCUGCCAGAGUCGCGUAUCUCAUUUCAACCUCCUGCAGCUGUAUUGCACCCACAAUUCCAUGAUCGGCUUCUAGUGGCGGUACCAGCUUCGCGUCAUGCCGCACGGGAUUAUCAUUCUACAACGAGUUCGUGCAUGCUACAGACAUACGAUAUCCGCACCAACUCUCAAAUUUCCAGACAAGCUCUUGCACGGACCAAUGCCACGACUUUGAGGAUCAGUCCAGAGGGGACCGAAAUUGUUGCCCCGGACGUCAGUCACCUUGACAUAUGUCAGGAUGGAAAGUGGAUGGCGACGAUCGAUGACUGGAUACCGCGCCCUGAAGAUAUCAGGGCUCUUGAACCGAAUAGUACUUCGACAGGCAGCCAUACGCUUUCCCGGGAAACAUACCUCAAGUUUUGGAGAUGGGACGAAGUGUCCAAUAUGUGGGAGUUAACUACACGUAUCAACAGCCCUCACUCCUUCGACAGCGUUUCGGUGCCUAUUCUGGAUCUCGCGUCCAGACCAUACAGUCAUGAAUUUGCAACAGUGGGCUGUGAUGCCGUGCUCCGCUUCUGGUGCGCUAGUAACAGGCCGCGCCUGGGGUUGGCAACGAAACGUCCAGAACACCGAUAUCAGACCUGGAAAUGUCGAGGUACUAUCGACCUAAAAGGCGAAUUUAUUGGUGGCGGAACUGAGCCUGCAAUUGCAGCCUGUAUGGGCUUUUCUGAGGACGGGUCGGUGCUUGCUGUUUGCGUGCAAACCAGGUCCAGUCCGGACUCCGGCCUCGUCAUCCUGGUGGAUAUGCAGAAUUGCAAACUUCAUCACAUCGCGAACCUGUGCAGUUGCCUCAAAAGUCCCGCGACAUCUGGCUGGAACGAGAAGGACGUGCGGAUCUCUGUUUGA